AUGGUAUUUCCACCUAUACUAGGCUACGUAACUAGCGGAAUCUUACCCGGGUUUGAAGCCAUUGCGUGUCAUGAUCGAAAGCCAGAUCCGAAUGCAAUCCCCGGAGGCGGCUCGACUUCUCUGAACGUGAAAGCAACUUCGAUAAUCUACUUCAAAACCAAUCUGGAAAUCGGGUACUUUCACAAGAUACCUGACUAUAUUGCUCAACAUGUACGAAGACACGGAUUUCUAAACAGUCACGAGAUCGAGCAUCUUAUCGACUCUAUGGUGUAUUUGGAAGAAAAAACUGACGACGUCAGAAAAGAUUGUUGCGAAGCUCGAGUCAUGCUUGUAUACAUUCGCACGAUGUUGCAUUCAGAAGAUCCCGAAGUGAUUGUUCACCGGGAAAUUUUGAAGCGUCAAGAAAAGUUGUCACGAAAACGUUACAAACGUUAUAAGCGCAACAUACGAGAAUAUCAAGAUGACACCGGGCUUCUAUGGGCACUAAUAGCUCAGGAAAUUAAACGCACCUGUGAUGUCGAAGAUGCUGCCGCUGCGAAUGGAAGGCAAGCUGAUGGCGCCGCGCCGCCCUACACUCAUACGCCUUAA